AUGCUCUUUCUCGGCGGUGGAAUUAUUGUCGUCUUUUCUCUAGGAAACGCCUUUUGCAAGACUUACGAGUCAUUUGUGGCUAUGAGGGCCAUGACCGGAAUCGGCGGUGGUAUCAUCAUGCCGAACGCUGUUGCAGUCCUCACGAUCAUGAUUCCGCCAGGACAGAGCCGAAACAUCACGCUUGCCGCUUUUGCAGCUUCACCACCAUGUGGCGCACUCGUUGGAGCUCUGUUAGCCGGUGUAUUCCUAGAGUAUACCGAAUGGAAAUGGUUUUUCAUAGUGAUGACCGACCUGACAAAGGAUAGCGCUAUCUUGGGAACCGUUAUGUUUGGAUCCCUGUUUCUUGUGCUUCCACAUGACGAGCCUGUGGAUAAGGGGGGCAGUAUCGACUAUCUGGGUAUCGUAUUCAGUCUUGGUGGCCUGCUGCUAUUCAACUUCGCUUGGAACCAGUCACCAUCUAUUGGAUGGGAUUCUCCGUCCGUCAUCUCCACCAUCAUCGUGUCCCUUCUCCUAUUCAUAGCUUUCAUGGUUUGGGAAAGCAAGUUUGCCAAGGAACCCAUCAUGCCCCUGACAGUCUUCGCCGCCCCAACAUUUACGGCCCUAAUAUUCGUGGCAUUGCUCACAUACAUGUCCGUUGGCAUCAGCCUGUGGUACAUGGUCGCCUGGCAACAGCUCCUACGAAAUUGGACUGUCCUUCAUGUUGCCAUAGGAUGGAUUCCCUACGCUGUAGGCGCCUCAAUGUCAGUUGGACUGGCGGCGUGGUUGAUCCCCCGCAUCGAAGCGCAGAGCAUCAUGGCAAUCGGGAUCUUGGCUUCCAUCGUGUCAUGCUUGCUGCUGGCAACAAUGCCGGAGCAGCAAAUUUACUGGGCACAGACGUUUCCCUCCAUCUUCAUCGGAUCUCUCUGCCCCGAUUUCGUUUAUGUGGCUGCACAGAUCAUAGCCAGUAACAGCGUUGGAAAGCGAGAGCAAGGCGUUGCUGGAAGCCUGAUCGGCACGCUAAAUCUUUAUGGAAACAGUCUAGGCCUCGGCUUUGCUGGAACCAUUGAGUCGCAACUUAUUAAGAAUGGCGCAAGUCACGUCACGAGCUUUCGCGCCGCCUUGUACUUUGCUAUGGCCCUGUCUGCGGCGGCAUUGGUAUUGGACUUUGGCUUUAUUAGGAUGCCCAAAGAUGAUCGGAAGGGUUGGGAACAGGACAACUCGCGGAGAGACGAAGACUUGCAAGACCCAGAAAGCCUUGACAAUUAG